AUGGCGUCCUCGGAGCAGGGAGAGCAGCCGGGCCAGCCCAGCUCUUCUCCAGGAAGUGAAAAUGUGUCCCGAGAGCCGUUGAUCGCUACAGCUGUGAAGUUUCUGCAGAAUUCCCGAGUCCGCCAGAGCCCCCUGGCCACCAGGAGAGCAUUCCUUCAGAAGAAAGGGCUGACGGAUGAAGAGAUUGACCUGGCACUCCAGCAGUCCGGCACUGCCGCCGACGAGCCCGCGUCCUUGGGCCCAGCUGCCCAGCUGCUUCCCGUCCAGUCCCCGCAGCUCGUUGCGCAGCCAUACAGCCCCGCGGGCUCCCGAUGGCGAGAUUAUGGCGCCUUGGCCAUCAUCAUGGCCGGAAUCACGUUUGGCCUUCACCAACUCUACAAGCAGUACCUGCUCCCCCUCAUCCUGGGUGGCCGUGAGGACCGGAAGCAGCUGGGCAGGAUGGAGGCGAGUCUCUCGGAGCUGAGUGGCAGCGUGGCCCAGACAGUGACCCAGCUGCAGACGACGCUCGCCGCGCUCCAGGAGCUGCUGCUCCAGCAGCAGCAGAAGGUCCAGGAGCUUGCCCACGAGCUGGCCACUGCCAAGGCCACCACAUCCACCAACUGGCUCCUGGAGUCCCAGAACAUCAAUGAGCUCAAAUCGGAAAUUAACUCCCUGAAAGGGCUUCUUUUGAACCGGAGACAGUUCCCGCCUUCCCCCUCAGCCCCGAAGAUCCCCUCCUGGCAGAUGCCCGUGCAGUCAGCGGCUCCAUCCAGCCCCGCGGCCGUGAGCCACCACAGCAGCAGCGACAUCUCGCCUGUCAGCAACGAGUCCGCGUCCCCCUCCCCGGGCAAGGAGAGCCACAGCCCCGAGGGCUCCACAGCCACCUACCACCUGCUGGGCCCCCAGGAGGCCGGCGAGGGGGCGGUGGACGUGAAGGGCCAGGUGCGGAUGGAGGUGCAGGGCGAGGAGGAGAAGAGGGAGGACGAGGAAGAUGAGGAGGACGACGUGGGCCAUGUGGACGAGGAGGACUGCCUGGGAGUGCAGAGGGAGGACCGCCGGGGCGGCGACGGGCAGAUCAACGAGCAGGUGGAGAAGCUGCGGCGGCCUGAGGGUGCGAGCAAUGAGCAUGAGCGCGACUAGGCCGGGACCACAUCCGGCAGGUGGGCCUGUGGCUCCGCCCCCUCACCUCUGGCUUGGGGAAGUCCCCAGCCGUGGCAGUGGACAAUCGUGAUUCUGUCCCCCAGCCUCAUGGACGCACACCUUGUCCCUGCGUCCUGGCUCGCUAACACCCGCAUGGCGCGAGCUCGUGUCCUGCCUGCCUGUCCGGCAGGGGCUCUGCGGCCCCUCUGGCCUCCGCUGUUCUCGUCCCCUGGGCCGCGGGCCUUCUCUCACUGUGGUCCAAAGCCAGUGCCCUGGCUCCCUCCCUGGGCAGGGGCUGUCAGGGCCCUGGAUCCCGUGAGGAUUGCCAUCUUGGGCACCUGUGCCCAGCCCUACUGGCUGUUCCCGCUGUCCUCCCAGAUGAUGGGCCCUGCCUUGACACGUGUACCCCGCGCCCAUGUGGAGCUGGGCAGAGGGCCCUGCUGACUGCUGGCCUCGCUGUUCCCCCACCAGAACACGUGUCCGUCAGUGUGAUCAUGUGUAGAUUUCAGAGGAUCAGACAUGACUGUAUAUAAUUGUAAUAAAUCCGAAUUACUGCUGUUUAA